AUGAAGAAACAGAACGAGACCAGAGUUUCUGAAUUCCUCCUCCAGGGUCUCCCUAUACCACCAGAAGAACAGAGCUGGUUCUUGAUCCUCUUCCUGGUCAUCUACCUAACCACUGUGUUGGGAAACUUGCUCAUCGUCCUACUUAUCAGGGUACACUCUUGUCUCCACACACCCAUGUACUUCUUCCUUAGUCUUUUGGCUUUCAAUGAUGUGUGUUUAUCAUCUGUCACGGUUCCUAAAAUGUUAGUGGACAUGCAGAGUAAUCACAAGUCUAUCCCCUACUCGGGGUGCAUUUCUCAGGUAUAUUUUUUAAUAUUUUUUGUUUGUACUGACAAUUUCCUUCUUGCAGUGAUGGCCUAUGACAGGUAUGUAGCCAUCUGUCAGCCAUUCCAGUACAACAAGAUCAUGAGGCAGGAGCGAUGUAUCUCAUUAGUAGCUUGGUCUUGCAUCAUCAAUUUUUCACAAGCACUGAUGCACUCCCUGCUCUUGAUCCAAGUGUCCUUCUGUGGAGAUAUAACCAUCCCCCACUUCUUCUGUGAACUCACUGCAUUGCUGGAGGUAAGCUGCUCAGAAACUUCACUCAAUAACAUGGUCAUAUUCAUUGAGGGAGGAAUGUAUGAAUGUAUUCCAUUCAUUUUUAUCAUGGGAUCUUAUAUCUGCAUAUGGUCCAUUGUUCUGAAAAAUCCUUCUACUAAGAAAUUCUUCAAAGUCCUUUCUACUUGUGGUUCACAUAUUCUCAUUGUAGUUUUAUUCUAUGGAACCGUUGCAGAAGUGUACUUUUUUUCCUCACCAGCCAUGUCCAGUGCUAAAGAAAUAGCUGCUUCUGUGAUGUAUAUGAUAAUCACUCUGAUGCUGAAUCCUUUUAUCUACAGUCUGAGAAACAGAGAUAUAAAACAAGCCCUAAAGGUAUUUACCAAUAAGAUGAUAUUCUUUAAGUCUGAAUGA